ACUCACGCGAAAUGUUCGGCUGGAGAGGUUGAUCUGACCCAUGAAAUCAAUUGCCAGUGAUACACCAAUAAUCCACAUUAAAUCUAAUAUCGAUUCGAUGGACUGUAAUGAUCGAUAUCUAAGCCUUCAUUCAAUCUUUGAGAAAGUUCCCCAGCAUUUCCUCAGCAACUUCAAGAAUCCAUGUUGGGUACGAAACGGUACGGAACUCAACUGUCUUCCUUACUUUUAUGUGAUUGGUAUGUAUAAAUGUGGCACGACUGAUGUCUGGUCAAAGAUCGUUGCCCAUCCUGAUGUUGUCGACGUCCCCAAGGAGCCACACUGGUGGGGCCCUCGUCGCCAUGGUUUUACCGGAACACCUAUUCAUAGGCAUGAAGUGCUGGCCAUGCGGAAGAUAACUGGAGGGGUAGAUGAUAGUUCGUUGGAAUGGUAUCUUAAUCUUUACAAAUCAACUGGAGUUUCGAAAUUAAUCAACAAUAGAGUUUCAACGGCAGAAGGAGUACCUUAUCAUCCAAAGAUUUUCGGUGAUGCCUCCAUUUCCACAAGCUACACCAUUGGCCUGAAUUGGACGAAGACUUUUCCGAAUGCUUCGGAGCCAGUGUACACAAACGCCCAACUCCUCCGGGCAGUUCAACCCGAAGCCAAGAUUAUUCUCAUGGUCAGGAAUCCCACAGAAAGGGCUAUAUCGUGGUACUGGUAUACUCACAGCGCUGCAAAAGGGUAUAAUGAAAGGACUUUUCAUAAUUUCGUCGUCAAGAAUAUCGGUUGUUUAAGGAACUGUUUGGAGAAGCAUAAUCCUCGCUACUGUGCAUAUGCUGCAAAUUGUCCAUAUAAUCUAAUACCUGAACUCCAAGUUGGACUCUAUUAUGUGUAUGCCCGUGAUUGGAUGGAAGCUUUCUCACGUGAUGGCGUUCUCGUCGUACGAUUGGAAGACUGGCAAGCCAAUCCACUCCAAGUUUAUAGAAAGAUUAUUGAAUUUCUUGACUUGAGAGAACUAAACGACAAAGAAGCGGAUAAAAUCAUUCAUUCUCCUCAACUCAACGUCAACAAAAGGCAAAAACAUUUCUUGCCGGAGACAAGAAAAAUAUUGGAAGAGUUCUACCAGCCGUAUAACAAAGAAAUGUCGCUGUUGAUGAACGAUGACAAAUUUCUAUAUCCUACACAUCAGGCAUCGAACUAGUGCGUUAACAAAAGGAAGAUUAAUAAAUUAUAAUAAUAAUAAUAGGUAUUUAUAUAGCGCCAUCUAUCUAGAAAUAAUCUAUCCCGAGGCGCAUUGUUAUUGUUGUUAUUAUUACCGCAGCUUGAGCUCGAGCUACCUUCCAGCGCUCAGUGCAUUCAAGGAAACAUUCCUACCGGGUACCUAUUCACCUCACCUAGGUUGAGUGCAGCACAAUAUGGGCACAUUUCUUGCUAAAGAAAAACACACGUCAUGGCUGAAAAUCGAACCCUCAAACCUUUGAUUGAAAGACGAGAGUCGUAACCACUCGACCACGACGCCCCCACAGAUUGAAGAUUGAAGGCUAAAACCGAAGACCGAAUACCGAAGAAUAAAGAUAAAUUUCAAAAUCCUACACAUUAGGCGUCGUAGUUGGGUGUUUAAAAGGACAUCGAAAACCGGAACCGAGAACCAAGACACGUACUCAGAAGACUUAUAUUCAGUUUAUAUAUUUUCGGAUGAAAAUAUCUUUCCCGAAUCACACUAUGCAGAAACAUUACAAACAAAGAGAAAUUGAGAUAAUCUUUUUUUUUUUUCAUGGGGGCCUCGGUCUUCGUUUUAUACACACCUUGCUACAGGUGUAUAAAACGAAAACCGAAGAGCAUUUAUGGGGAUGACUUUGUCCUGUAUAUGUAUAUCAUUUUACUUCACAAACGUGAAUGGAAUUAAAUAACAUCCUGCUCAAUA